GUGGCUUUGGAAGGUAUCAGUGAUGUCUCGCAGCCUCGCAGGAUUUUCAGUUGUCGCCUCGGCUGCGCUCAUCUUCUUAGCCGUGACGGCGCUCAGGCUACAUCGUCAUUGACAUCAACAACUUCUAUGGCGACUCUCCUUCAGAACAUCGAAGAUUUCAAGGGAUUCGCGAAUGACGCCUGGGCGAAGAUGAUUCUAACCAACGAAGGGGCCAGAUUCGCCCGUCAGACAUACUAUUCCAGCAGUGGAGUAAACAACGGCCAGAUAGUAGGACCACCAGCGAGUGAGUGCAAGUGCGGAGCUCAGCCGAACAGCUGCCCACCAGGACCUCCAGGACCACCUGGAGAGCCAGGAGAGGGUGGUAGCGAUGGAGAAAACGGACAACAUGGCCCAGGAGGAACAGGUCCUAUCGGAGAUCAAGGACAAGCGGGAGCACCAGGUAUACCUGGUCAACAAGGGCUGCCUGGACAGAACGGUAAACGCGGAACUGGACGCUCAGGACCACCUGGACAACCAGGACCACCGGGACAAUAUGGUCAACCUGGACAGAAUGGUUAUGCCGGGAACGAUGGUGCUCCUGGACAACAGGGAUCUGUGGGACCAGAAGGAAAUGCUGGCAACCCCAGCGACAUCAACUCGUUCUACGACGAUGCAGUCACAGACUUGGGCGAGUUCAAGGAAUUCGCGGACGACGCCUGGAACACGAUGAUUAGAACAGCAAGCGGACAGUCUCAACUCGAAAGUUUGAGCCAUUUUAUGAUGAUGUACGCCAGAGAAAAAAAGAGGCGCGGCGGCUCCUGCAACUGUGGAGCGCAGCCAAACAACUGUCCCGUGGGACAACCCGGACCCCCUGGAGAGAACGGAGCACCCGGAGAGGAUGGACCUCCUGGUCAACCUGCUCCUCACGGAAACAAAGGCAUCGGAAUGGUUGGAAUGCCAAACGAACCCGUUGGAUGUAUCCAGUGCCCACCCGGCCCAGCAGGACCACCAGGACCAGAUGGACUCAUCGGAGAAGCUGGUCCCGACGGUCAAAACGGUGCCGAUGGGCCACCAGGACCUAACGGAAAUCCUGGAAUCUCAGGCGAGCCAGGAGAUGCUGGCGAACGAGGAGAACCAGGAGCACCCGGGACUUCCAGGAGCUGA